AUGAGAAUAAAAAAAUUACUAAUGAUAAUAUCAUUAUCAUCAACAUUAUUAAUAAAAUUAAUAUUAAUAUUUACAUUAUUAUCAACAACAAAUGUUGAUGCAAAAUGUCCAUCAAAAGCAAAUUCAUUCUGUUUACAGAUUGAUGGUUUUGAUUCAAUAUUAUUAGAUGGAUCACAUUUUACAAAUAUAUCGAAAGUAUUUAGGCAAAUUGCCUUUCUAUUCGAUGAUGAUCAUGAAUCAAAAGAAUUAGAUCAAUUUAUAUUGAUUAAUAAUUUUAAGCUUGAAAAACUUGAUCGAAAUGUAUUCUGUGAUUUUCGUUUUCGUCAUAUUGUGAUUCGAAAUUGUACACGUUUGAAUAAGAUUGAUCGUGAUGCAUUUAAUGGUACGGCAAGUUUUGUAAAAUCAAUUAAAAUUGAUUAUAUUGGUCUAACUGAAUCAAGUUCGGAAGAAUUUUUUGAAGCAUUAAAUUCAUUGGAUAAUCUUGAAGAUCUUGAAUUAAAAAAUCAUCGUUUAUUGAAUAUAAGUGAUUAUACGUUUAGACAAAAACGUUUAAAAUCAUUACAUCUUGAUGGUCCAUUGGAAGUAAUCAGUAAUAAUGCAUUUUUUUAUGCAGAUAAUUUAUCAAUAUUAAAAUUAACAAAAUCGAUUCGUCGUAUUAAACAACAUGCAUUCCAUUUUCGUUUGACAAGCAAUAAAACAUUGGAUCUAUAUUUGGAUGCAAAAAUUGGUUCAAUGGAACGUCGUGUAUUUCUAUCAACACAACGUCCAUUAACAAUUAAUCUAUUUCUAAAUAAAAUGUCAAAUUUUGAGGCUGCCAUAUUUAAACCUGUAUUAAUGGAACAGAUCAAACAUGAGCUCAUUUUACAUGGAAAUCCAAAAGAAAUGCGUAACCCUUGUCAAUUAUUAUGGUUAUUUCGUAGUAAACAUCGUUUUAAAGGUGUUUUUCAAUUUAAAGAUGAACCAUUAAUUAAUGAAUCAUAUUUUGAUCAAUGGCGUUGUUCAAAUCAAAUGAUACAUGGUCAUCCAUCAUCAUCAAGUGGUGGUACAAUUGUAAUGGAUAAUAAUAAUAAUAAUGGUCAAACAAAUGAUAAUGAAAUACAUGAAGAAAUGAAUAAUAUUGAUCGUGCCGGUAUGGAUCAAUCACAUAAUAAUGCUAUUUCAUCAAUAAUCAUCGAUAGUCCAAAUAUUAGUUUUGCCCAUAUAAUGAUUAUUAUUAUAACUGCCAUCCGAUUAUUAUUACAAACAUGAUCAGAAUAAAUUGAUGAUCGCGGAUGACAAGUAAAAGAAACAAAUAUGUUUUUUUUUCUUUUUCCU